AGAAAGACCUCUAGCUAGAAAGCAAUGCACGUGAGCGUGUCGGUUAGAGACUUGAUCAAAUGUAAUUUGCUGUCUUUAUUCUCUUCAGCGCAAACGGGAGUUACCAGGCGUGUAAUUAAUACGAUACAGAGCCACUUUAUUCUGUUUUAUAACGUCUGUCGUCCUCGGAAUCGUUAUUUUCAUUCUCCACGGUGUCAACAGAGACGCUCGACGAUGGAGCAGGCAGCUGUCGCGGAGGUUAACAGCCCGGUGUCAGGGGAGAAAACCACAACGAAAGAGACGACAGAAAGUGGCAAAAGAAAAAGCGACGAGCCGGCCGAACCCGAGAAAAAGGGCCGAGGCAAGAGGCAGAGAGGAGCGGGAGGGAAGAAGCUCCGUCCGGGCGAGAGAUACAUCCCCCCGCCGCAGAAGCGUAACCCGGGUGUCAGCUUCUGCCAGGAGCAUUUCGAUGAGACCUCCUACUACUUUGACGGUGGCCUGCGCAAAGUGCGUCCAUACUACUAUGACUUCAAAACGUACUGCAAAGGUCGGUGGAUUGGGAAGAGUCUUCUGGAGGUGUUCAAGAGUGAGUUCAGAGCUGAGUCCAUUGAGUAUUACCAGAGGGCUGCCAAAGAGGGUCGCAUCCGGCUGAACGAGACACCUGUGGAGGACCUGUCGCUAGUGCUCAGGAACAACGACCAUAUGAAGAACACAGUGCAUCGCCACGAGCCCCCUGUAGUCGGCCAACCCCUGGAGGUUCUGGUGGAUGAUGGUGAAGUGCUUGUGGUCAACAAGCCUGCCUCCAUCCCCGUCCACCCCUGCGGCCGUUUCCGACACAACACGGUGAUUUUCAUCCUGGGAUCGGAGCGGGGUAUCUCUGAGCUCCACACAGUCCACAGACUGGACAGGCUCACAUCUGGAGUGUUGCUGUUUGCCAGGACACUGGAGACAUCACAGAAACUGGACCAGUUGGUGAGAGACAGACAGCUUGAAAAGGAGUAUGUGUGCAGAGUAGAGGGGGAGUUUCCAGAGGAUGAGCGGAUCUGCGAGGAGCCCAUCCUGGUCGUUUCCUUUAAGGUUGGCCUCUGCAGAGUCGACCCGAAGGGAAAAGAAUGCAGAACCGUUUUCCAGAGGCUUAGCUUUAAUGGAAAAACCAGCGUGGUCCGCUGUUUACCCCUGACCGGCCGCACACACCAGAUCAGGGUCCACCUCCAGUACCUGGGCUUCCCCAUCCUCAAUGAUCCCGUCUAUGGGUCCUCCGCCUGGGGUCCUCACAGGGGGAAGGGGGGGCAGCUGGGAAAGAGUAAUGAGGAGCUGCUGCAGGCUCUGAUAGAGGAACAUCGCUCUCAUGAAAGUCUUCACCUGCUGGAUAUUCCAGAUGAUGGUAUUGGGAUUGAAAAAGAGGCGGAGAAAAACAAGACAUCUGAGCAAGUCGAUGCAUCAGAUAGCACCUCUGAACCUAACAAAAGUGGAGAGAGUCAUCAGAAUGACACACGGAGGCCGACAGGCUGUAGCUCGAGCAGUGAGACAGAGGAAAAGGGGAGUCGGGGCUGCAUCGACCCAAACGGUAACAAUCCCUCACUCGAAUCUCAACCCGACACUUCAAAUAGAAAUCAAACAGAAGCAAUAUCUCCUCCAGAGACGAGAGACGCCCUGUGCACUGAAUGUAAGCUAGAACGACGAGAUCCCACAGAGAAGGAACUCAUCAUGUAUCUCCACGCUUUACGCUACAAAGGACCUGAUUUUGAAUAUUCUACACCUUUGCCCGAUUGGGCCAAAGAGGACUGGGUCGAGGCUGAGUGGAGCUUGCCUGAUGCGGACUGCUGAUGACUUUGGCGUUUAGGUUACUUCCUUCGUGUUUUUUAUUUUUUAUUUUUUUUUCUGUGAUGCAAAUGCAAAUCUGUUUUAGCAUAUGUUGAAUAUAGAAAAUAUGUUUUCCCUUGGCCGACGAGCUGCUUUUGCCUUACAAACUAAUAGAAAAUGUAUAUGUAUUCAUUCUCACUUUACUUUAUUUUAAUGUUGAGAAAAUCGUUUUAAUUUCAUUCUUUAAAACCUGUAAUCUGCCCAGUACUCCAACAACGAUUUAAAAUAAAUCAAAAGCCAGUCUGCAGGAAAAUAAAUGUUUUAUUUUAUUUUUCAGUUUUGUGAAAACAUUUCGACAUUAACACCUGUAAUUAAUAAUAGUGGUGGUGACCUUUUUAAGUUCUUCUGUUGAUAGAAAGACUGUGAUUAAUGUUAUUUGACUCUAAGGCAGGUUAUUUUCUGCUGAGUGCUUUUAAAGUGAAGACUCAAUGAAGAAUUGUGAUUAUACAGUCAAGAUGUCAAAAGCAAACACUUCUUACAAAGAGAAAGCUGAAAAUAACGCGGCACAUUAGACACAAGUCUCUUGUCUUUGUGUUGAAUCACCACCACUGCACCUCUAACACCUCUUUUUUCAUACAUCACAUCAAGGACCAUACACACAUCUCUUGUUUGGGACCAUACACACAUCUCUUGUUUUACUCUUUUAAAGGACACCCCCUUUUCACAAAACACACAAUUUUCGUUGUUUCUGAAACAACCUUGUUGAAAGACAUUUGGCACAUGCUGUUCAUGUCAUAAAUACAGUUAUUUGCACAUACACACAUCUGAUGUGACAUCCCAGCUGUGGGGUGUAAAUAAAGGCUUCCUUAGAUGAUUCUGUUGGAGUUCUGCUUAACAGCGCUGCAGCGAGGUCUGUACAAAUUGUUAGCGAUUGAAGCAGUUGCAUGUGAUGCUACAAAUACAGCUUUGGGAACAGAAAUAAGAGCAAGACAUACACUGACAUCCAAGUAUCGUGGAGUAGUACGCACCUUAAUUCGCCAACCGUGUAUAAACCCACAUAUAGUGUUAUAUCUGCAUUAGAAACCCUUUUUUGCCUUUUUAGUACAGUAAGUAAACAUAAAAAAAAAGGUUUUGACACUGACGUGACUCUUAAUUUAACAGUGAAACACUAAAUGCAAACAAGCCAUGACACUACGAAGGACACAUUACUACAUGUAGCUUUCUACGUCGUGGUCACAAAGGACAUACUGUACAUAUCAUCUCCACAAAGUGCAAAAUCAACUGACCGAAGUUAAGUGAAACUUUACUACUCAAUGCAGCUCUUUUUCUGUAUAGCUCACAUUUAUCUUUUAAUACCCAGAAGUCCAUGAAUGUAUAUGGCUCAUUGAGGUCAACUCCAGCAUGGAGAAAGGCCAGCGGCUGCACUCGGGCGACACUGUAUUUUGCUGUAACCCAGUCUGUACAGAUGUUAAAAAAUUCCAGGCACAAAGUAAACUCUGCAGAUGCAGCACUUAAUGAUUU